AUGUAUCCACCGAUAAAACGUCUUCGUACUGAUGAAAAUCAGGAUGAAUCCAGUAAUGGAAUCGGAGGACCGUCAGCAGCACCAGCCAAUGCGUCAUCCAUGAUGGAUGAUUUUGAAAUGACUGAUGAUGAACUGUUAUUUUCUGCGACUCAAGUAGAACAACGAAUUAAUUAUGAUUAUCAACAGCCCAGUCAAAAUCCUUCUCGAACACAUUUACAAGCGCCGGUAUUUUCUACUCAGUCAGUUCUUCAACCACUGGUACCGGAAGACAAUCGGACACCAGCAGUAAAUAAAGAAAUGGAACUUGAGAGAAAGUUGCUGAUGAAAGAAGGUCAAAUAAUUAUUUUGGAAAAAAACAAUCAAUUAUUAACCGAAAAGAAUGCUCGAUUAACGCGAGAAAAGUGUCUUUUGAAAACCGAACAAGAUGAAGCAGCCAGUGCUCGUGAACAGCGUUUGAAAGCGCAACUUGAAACAUGUAAAUCUCAACUUACCUUCAACGAACGUGAACGUAGUGAAUUGCAGACGCGUUAUCACACACUCGAGACGCGUUUCCACGAAAGUCAAGAAACAAGCAACCGUCUUCUUCGUGAAGUUACUCGUCUACGUUCAGAUAAACCACAAGUUGAUUGUCCACAACAAUCAUCGACUUCAACUUCGAAUCCAUCACGUGUUCUGCAAACUCAAUUAACGUUAUUUUCCGCGUAUGAAUUGUUACGAACACGAACAAUUGAUUCAUUUACAAUACCGGUGUCGAGUUUACAGGUGAUACUCGAACGUAUUCGACCUCAAUCGAUUAUUCAACAUGUUUGGCAAACAUUAGUCGAUGUCAUCUUCUUUCAACCACAAAAUUCGACUCUGAUCAAAUUAAAACAACAAGAUCUAACCAUUGGAAUUGAUCUCAUUACAAUGACAGCGUUUUACCAAAUGAUUCAUAAUAUUCUACAGUUAUAUCACAACCAGCAAAGUCGUGCAACAACGAAUAAUAACGACCAACAGCAACAACAAAGUUUGAGCACCGAACAACUGAUGUUGAUCUUAGACGCUUGUUCGCAUUUCCUUUUGAAUACGGUUAAGUCAACUGAAUCAUUGAACAAACAAGAAAAUACUUCAACAAUUAAAAAACAACAAGACCCGGAACCCAUGGACGACAGUUCAUCUCAGCGUUCGACUACCGACAGUAGUCAAAUUCCAUGUCCGCUACCAGCGGACCAUCACACAGCCUAUUAUACAGCCAAAGGGCAAUGUUUAACCAUGUUAAAAUAUUUUCUCUCACACUCCAUGACAAACAAAUCUUCCUAUGCGUUAUUCAAUCGCAUACUAACACUUUAUACAUCACACUUCAAAGCUCGGCCAACACAUGAAUCCGAACGUCGCAAAGGUUUCUGUUCAUUUCUUAUAUCCAUUCUUGAUCAGCAACAAGAAAAACAAAUGAAUCCAUAUCAAUAUUUAACAGAUAUUGUUCUCUCAAUACUCGAUGCAUCACCUGACGAACCCAAUUGGUUAUGUUCAGUGCCAAUUAAUGAAGAUCGAUCAUCUCAGCGCUGUCUCUGUACGACACUUAUAACACAUCUUGAUUCACUCAUUUAUCUCGACAAAAAUGACAGUUUAGAUGAUUAUAUGAAAUUUCUUUGGGCGAUCUAUCGUCUGCAACUAUUCAUCUAUGAUAAUGAAAAUUUCCAUAAAAUGGAACUCGACAAUGGUCAAUGUCCAGGUCUAUGUUGGUUAACAUUGUUCAUAUCCUUUGGUCAAUGCUUAGCACGUUUUCUCUUUCGUACUAUCAAACCCACAAUAAAAAAGCAAAUCUAUCAAUUGUCGAUCAAAUUUGUCAAGAUUUUGAUUCUAUUUUCGUUACAACUACAACCGACAACAUGUCUACCGCAACAAGCCAAAGAGUUACAACUUUAUACAAAUCCUUCAUUAUGGCAUCUGUAUGAAUUGAUGUUACUAUAUCAUCAUCAAGAACAACAACAACAACAGUCAUCGAAUCAGGAAUUGAUAAGCAUUAUAAAUAAACAAGUUCUCAAUGACGAACUCUGUGUUUUUGGUUAUAUACAUGAUGUCUUAGAAACUGGGAAUGACAUGAGAUAA